CCCGGAACUUUGUUACCUGUCCCUUCGAUGCACACGAACAGUGGACAGUGAAGGACAACUUCCGCUUCCGGUCCAGCUGUCAAAACAGAACCACGCGUUUUUGUUUUGUUUUUUAAAUAGAACUUUAAAGAUGCCGAAAAUCCAGAAGAUUAAAGCAGCGGAGAAGGUUGUUCAUCCGUAUAGCAGGAAAGCGGGAUAUCUAGCCCGAGAGGAGAGCAAGCUGAAGAAGAAAGAACGGUUAAAGAAUGAAAAAGCUACACGUCUGAACAACAUUGGUGAGAAGCUGCUGUGGUUUCAGAGUCAGUUGGAUUCAACAAAAUCAAACUACACACGGAAAGAUGCUUGUGAGAUAAUAGAAAGAUACCUGCACAGGUUCGAUGCAGAACUUGAACAGAUCGACUUAAUGAAUGGGAUUAAGGGUCGACAAGGUCGUCUCCAUGGUGCCAGAGAGGCUGCCAUCAAACAGACUGUGGAGCGUGAGCGGGCGCAGUAUGAGGGCAUCGGGUUUGAGAUCCCAGACAUCAUGAAUGGGAAGCAUCUUAAAACAUUUAGAGAAUGGACCGGGGAUCUGAGAAAACUUCCAAACAUUAAACUGCGAAAGGUGUCGAAUAAAGGGCUGGGCACAAAGAAUGAAGGAAAGGAGGAUGUAGAAGAGGAACAUAAAGAAGAUAAGGAUGAUUGCAGUUAUGAAGAUGAGUCAGCGCAGAUGUCCGACUCCCACUGAGACUGCAAUGAGGCUUUUGUGGAACUGCCACCAAACUGGCCUUAAAAUAAAGGACUCCUGUGAAGCACCUGACCAUGCUGAGCUGUGUUCGACUGAACGACGUCACCACAGCAGCCUCACUCGGGGUUCUACAUUCAGUCUUUAUUGCACAGACAAAAAUGGGCGUUACACCCAGAGAAUCAUGUGAAACGUCAAAGUGAAUAAAUAAAGCUGUAGAAAAGUGGA